AGCUUGAAACUGAGACGGCUGUUCCAAUGCCCACUGAAUCUUGAGGGAUCACCCAAGUUGACUGGAGGACCGGACAUCGGUGUUGGAUUGACAGAGAGGCUGAGAUGGGAAGAAAACUGGAUCUUUCGAAGCUGACAGAUGAGGAAGCCAGGCACGUGUGGGAAGUGGUUCAACGAGACUUUGAUCUGAGAAAGAAAGAGGAAGCAAGAUUAGAGGAACUUAAAGGCAAGAUCGAGAAAGAAAGCACCAAGCGGGAACUGCUUUCAGACCAAGCCCACCUAAGUGAAACCCACUGUGUCCACUGCUUGCAGCCUUACAAGUUUCUCAUCAAUAGCAAACGACAAUGCCUGGUCUGUCACCUCCACACCUGCAAACACUGUUGCAGUUUCACCCAGCCAGAAGGAGGCUGGGUCUGUGAUCCUUGCCAGCUGGCCAGGGUUCUGAAGAUCGGCUCCCUGGAGUGGUACUACCAACAUGUGCAAUCUCGUUUUAAGCGUUUUGGGAGUGCCAAAGUCAUGCACUCUCUCUAUGGAAGGCUGCAGCAUGGAUCAAAAACAAACUCGACUUUUUUAGGCCUCUCCAACAAGGUUUACAGUCUGCCAGAGCUGAACAGUGAGCCCCUCUUUCUCCCUGGAGAAGGCAAUGAUGAAAACAAGGGGACCGAUGAAGAGAGUGGGCUGAAUGAGGCUGAAGCCCUGCGCCACAGCCAGACGCACAAGAAAAGGCGCCUCCUCUCCAUUCAACCCUUUGACUUUGAAGUCGAUGCAGAUGAUUCCACUGGUUCUCCCUGCCAGUCUUUGCAACUGUCUUCAACUCCAGUGAUUCUGGAUGCCCAGCAGUCUCCAUCAGGAUUUCCGAGCUCUGAUGAAGAAGAUGCCAGGUCGAUGAUGGCAGAAACAGAUAUUGCUUCAGUGUUCCACCACACCCUGGAAGAGCGAGAUCAGCACCACUCUCCUCAAGAGCAAGAAUCCAGCACUGAGGUCUGUUUGCCAACAGACUCUGGAAGGGAAAGCCUGGAAGGAGCCCCUCAAUCUGGGAGGUUUCCCGGACUUGAUUAUUUUGAGGCCUGUCAAGGGCUGCCCCAUGAGGCAGGCCAAACCCUCUCCACCCCCAAAAUGUGGACAAAGAAUCAAGGCAAAGGCGAUACUGAGAGUGAGCAGCAUCAGUCUCAGUAUUUGGCUGACAUGGACACCUCUGAUGAAGAGCUGGAAAGAGGACUCAAGAUGGCUGCCUACCAGUUCCCCCAUUCCAAACACAGAGGCAGAACUUCAUCCCAAGAAAGCAAGUCCUAUUCUGGAAGUCAGAUCUUUGAAUUGAGCAAACGUAUGUCGGCUAUUGAGCAUAUGCUGAACCGCCUGGAGGAGAAAAUUUGGGUUCAUUCCCAGGAGGAUCCUGCUCUUGGAUCCCAUUCUGAGGCGGACCUGGAAGAGGAGACUCUGAGGAGAAAACUAGGAGAGCUAACAAGCCACAUCCCAGACAGAGAACCCUCUUCUGAGGAAGAGGAAGAGGGCAAAGAAAGGUGGAAGGAGCCAGUUCUGAGCUCCUCCAGCGAUAACCAAUCUCAAAGGGCUCCAAAGGUGUGCAGAGCUCCUGACCAAGCUUAUGAACUGGAGAAAAGUUUCCAAUGCUCUAAGUAUCCUUCCCAACUCCAUGGGACCCCUGAUUCUGAGCUCUCAGAACUGGAGGACAAAGUGGCUCUGGCUGCGGUUGAGGUUCAGAAUACAGAGAGCGAGGUUUCAGAUAUAGAAUCUCGAAUUGCAGCACUGAGUGCUGCCGGACUCACUGUGAAAACACAGGGGAAAGCCCGGAAGGAAUCCAGCCUCCAGAUAUUUCCCUUCCAACCUGCCAAGAAUCCCGACUGCAGUUCUCAGGAUCCAACCUUAGAGCCUUCAAAUGAGAGCAAGGCAAUGUCUGUGCCACAUCCAGGAAGGAAGUUCAACACGUCCCUUAAAAUCCAAGGAAGCAGUGAUGAUUCUUUUGAUCGGAAAUCAGUUUACCGGGGAUCCUUGACCCAAAGAAAUCCCAAUGGAAAAAAACGGAAGAUGGAUCGCCUCUUUGCGAAACCUGUGAUGACACAUCGGUCCUAAAGAAAAAGACGACCCCCUUGCUAGCGGUAGAAGAAAUCAAAUAAUGUUUGCUCGCCUAUAUUCAUCACCACCAACCUCCACUGUCAAUUUCCUCACCUUCUGCCAAUUUAUUUCACACCUCUCAUUAGAAAAUCAGCAGGGGUUAUCCAGGGAUAUUCCAUCCGGGCAUCUCCUGUCUCAAUGGACCACCUUCCCCAUGGUUGCCAAGAAAAUGCAAAUAGCAAUAAUAAUGAUAGUAUUUGUUAAGUGCUUACCAUGUGCCAAGCACUGCUCUAAGUGCUGAUAUUUUUGCUGGUUAAAGAGCUUCUCAUUAUCCCUCAACUCAUCCCACUUCCUAACCCUCCUUUUGUUACAGGGACAUUAUUUUCCCUCAAAAUGUUCUAGGCAUUAGGAUUUGGAGGUUCUAUCAUGGUCUUUUAACCAAACUUCCAUCUGUUGCCCAUUUGAACAAACUCCUAGCAUUAUAAUCAAUCUAUUGGCCACAGAACUGAGGCUCAGCUGAUGUUCUCAGAAAGAGACUCUAUUACAUUCUAAACUAUUGCUGCUCCUGUCACAGAGAGGAAGAAAAGGUCCACAAUAAGGGAGUGUGCAGUACUAACUUCAUAGACUAGUAUGUCUAGAUACUUACUAUAUACCAGGCACUGUACUAAAUGCUGGGGUAGAUACAAGAUAA